AUGUCGACGGACGCACUGAGAACAGACUCGUCAUCUUCGCCGACCGGCCUUAACGUUGAACUCAUCCCUAUCGUCAAGGGCCUCUCGCACGGAGAACACCUCCAAAACACGUGGAGCUUCAAGCCCGACGGCACCAUCAUCGACUGGGCCUACUCGCUCACCGACGAGUCCGGCUUCGCCGCCGUCCAGGACCGCAUGCACAAGGCCCAGUCCGACGGCCUCGUUUACGACGACCCCGUCCCGGGCGGCCGCAUUCGCCUGGUGGGCGCCGAACUUAAGUGGGUCGUCGCGCUGCCCAGCCCGGACGGCGCCGUGGAGCGGGCCAGCUGCCGUUCGGGUGCUGCGACCGCACCCCACGCGAUCUGCGCGUGCCAAACCAUGUGA